GCUGUCUGUUCCUUUUCCUGUUGUCAUAGCACGUCACCCAGACCUCCUCUUCAUUUCUGAGGCCGGUCACUGCGCCGCCCAGCAUUACUCACACGCCCUCCCGAGCCUGGCCAAUUCUCCUCCUCCUCCCCACCGUCCUGUGGGCGCAACCGGGUGAAGCAUGGCGGCGGUGGAGAGCCGAGUGUGUGAGACAGCGGAUUGCACGAGCGAGGCCAAGCUGCAAUGUCCGACCUGCAUCAAGCUUGGUAUCCAAGGCUCGUAUUUCUGCUCGCAGCUUGGUUGUUUCAAGGGAAGCUGGGCCACACACAAAUUGCUGCACAAAAAAGCAAAAGAUGACAAAGGCAAUCGUGAGGUUUCACCAUGGAUGAUGGAAGGGGAGGCCAACACAGAUCCUUGGCCAGGCUAUAGAUAUACUGGAAAACUUAGACCAUAUUAUCCACUGACGCCUAUGCGACCUGUCCCAAGUUACGUGCAGAGGCCAGAUUAUGCAGAUCAUCCUUUAGGAAUGUCAGAGUCUGAGCAAUCCUUAAAAGGAACCUCACAAAUCAAAGUUCUUUCUGCAGAAGAUAUAGAGGGAAUGCGUACUGUGUGUAAGCUGGCAAGAGAAGUACUUGGAGUAGCAGCCAUGAUGGUUAGAUCUGGAGUCACUACUGAGGAGAUAGACCAUGCUGUUCAUUUGGCAUGCAUUUCAAGAAACUGUUACCCUUCUCCACUGAAUUAUUAUAACUUUCCCAAGUCAUGCUGCACAUCAGUGAAUGAAGUGAUCUGCCAUGGUAUUCCAGACAGAAGGCCUUUACAGGAUGGAGACAUCGUAAACGUGGACAUUACGGUUUAUCGCAAUGGUUAUCACGGUGAUCUCAAUGAGACAUUUUAUGUUGGAGAAAUUGAUGAGGGAGCCAAAAAGCUUGUCCAGACAACCUAUGAGUGCCUAAUGCAGUCUAUUGAUGAGGUGAAACCUGGUGUUCGGUAUAGAGAAUUGGGCAAUAUAAUACAGAAACAUGCUCAAGCCAAUGGAUUUUCAGUUGUUCGAAGCUACUGUGGACAUGGCAUUCACAAGCUAUUCCAUACAGCCCCUAAUGUGCCACACUAUGCUAAAAACAAAGCAGUUGGCGUGAUAAAACCAGGUCAUGUAUUUACAAUUGAACCAAUGAUCUGUGAAGGCGGAUGGCAGGAUGAGACCUGGCCCGAUGGUUGGACUGCAGUGACAAGAGAUGGAAAACGGUCCGCACAGUUUGAGCACACCCUUUUAGUUACAGAGACCGGGUGUGAGAUACUUACGAGGAGAUUGGAAGAAAAUGGACGUCCUCAUUUUCUGUCUUAGCAUAUCCCUAUUGUCUGUGCUAGUUGAUAUAAAUGGCAUUUUUACAUUAAAGGUACCUGAAGGAGAUGUGGGAUUUUCACAUAAGUGUCUAUCUGCCUGUUAAUACAGAGCAAAACACAGUACCGGUUGAAACAGUAAAUGUGUUUAAAGAACUUUAAUGGUGUUUUGAGACAAGAAGGAAGCCAAACUUAAGAUGGCUUUUCUUCUCUCCUUUUUUUAAAUCAUAUCGGCAUAUGCCAUUUAAUUUAGGUUUUACCAUUUUCCCCUUGAUGUGUCAAAUUUCUCCACAUUGCCUUUUUUUUUUUGUUAUCUUGUUCAGACAGAAAACACAUGAUGCCUCCAUACCAGACUUUCUGCUAAAAAUGGCGGUACCCCUACACGCUGGCUUUGUUUUGGGGUGCUGCUGUUUUUUCAUCACUAUAUACUAGCUAUGCAUUUCUAUCUGAAACGGUGGCUUGAUUUUUAAUUCUGGCUGUCAUUAGGCAGCAAGAGUUGCCUAAUUGGAGACAAACCCAUGAACAUUGCUUGAUUUUAUAUCUACAAUGGUAGUUU